AUGGCCGCUGAUCUGAAGAACGAUUCCCCGCCCGACCUCAGCGAUGAGGCCGGCACCAUCGACUCUAGCUCACCAAUAAACGAGAAGGCACUCCUCCGCAAGCUUGACUUGAAGCUUCUACCAGCGGUCGGGAUCUUGUAUCUGCUGUCAUUCCUGGACCGCAGCAAUGCGGGUAAUGAGUAUCUCACUGGUCUGACGCUGUACUUUAUCGGUUAUGUUCUCUUUGAGAUUCCCUGCAACAUCAUACUCAAGCGAACUACGCCUCGACUAUGGCUGCCAACACUAACUGUGGCCUGGGGUAUCGUCGCGACUCUGCUUGGUAUUGUGCAGAACAAGACUGGCUUCUUCAUUGCUCGAUUCUUCCUGGGUGUAACUGAGAGCGGAUUGUUUCCUGGUGGGUUUACUCCUGGAGCAUUUGGUGGUAUCUUGGCAUAUGGGAUCGGUAAGAUGGCAGGUGUCGUCUGGGAUAACGGUUGGCGAUGGAUCUUUAUCUUGGAAGGUAUCGCUACAGUAGUAGUCGCAGUCGCGGCAUACUGGUUCAUCGAGAACUACCCCGAUACCUCAAAAUUUCUCUCCAAAUCGGAGCGGUCAUUUAUUCAUGAGCGCCUGCAUGCAGACAGUGACGCGAUUCGCGAAGAGAAGUUUAGUUGGGCUGCUGUUCGCGAGGCAUUUAGCGACCCAAAUUGCUGGCUCUACGGUCUGGGCUUUCACACCAUGAGUCUGCCGCUGUACACCCUUUCGCUUUUUUUGCCCACCAUUAUUAAGGACCUCGGAUACAAAGCCGCAGUCGCACAGCUCUUGACAAUCCCGCCUUAUGCCGUCGCAUUCGUCACAACUCUAGGUGCUGCCAUUGCCUCCGAGAAACUCGCCAAACGCGCUGUCUUUAUCGCUGGCUCAGCUGGUAUCGCAGCAAUUGGCUACAUCAUCCUUCUCGCCAACACUAACCCCACCGCAAGACCAGGAGUAUCAUACGUCGGAACGUUCUUCGCAGCAGCUGGAAUCUACCCCGCCACUGCCCUUGUCCUGAGUUGGCCCGCCAUCAACGUAUCUGGUCAGACGAAGCGAGCUAUUGCGAAUGCUAUGCAGAUUAGUAUUGGAAACCUUGGUGCAGUUAUGGGAACGCAGCUGUAUCGAUCUGGUGAUGGGCCGCGAUUUGUGGUUGGACAUUCUAUGGCUUUGGGAUACCUCGUUGCUAAUAUUGUGGUUGUGACUAUACUUGGCUGGAGGUUGAAGAAGCAGAAUGAUGCUCGGGCGGCAGUAAGUGAUGAGAUCAAGCACGUUGGAGAGGUGGAGGACUGGAGAGGAGACUCUGAUCCUCGAUGGAGGUUUGAGUAUUAG